AUGUGGUACUGGCAUGGUGGCUUCUAUAAAACUGAACAGCUUACAUCCCUGAAGGCUUCAGGAGGGAAUACUCCAAGAGAACCAAGGGAAAGCUCUGGCUCCCUCCACAGCGUCCUCAGCGCCGGGGCUCCUGGCCGCCGCCAGGGGGCGAGCUCCGGCCUGCGGCACCCGCUGACGCCUCAGCACGGCUCCGGCGCUCAGAGCGCGGACUUGGCGGAGGCAGUCGAGCCGGCCUGCUGCGGAGCAACAGCGAGAGGGGGCGCUGCGGAGCCGGGCGGGCGCGGCGCGGCGCGGAGGAAGUGCGGUCUUCGCGGCUCGGCGCGGGGCCGCAAUGUUGUCCCGGCUCGGGCGCGACGACUCGGGAACCGGGGGCGCGCGGCGGCCGCGGGAGCCUCCGGAGCAGGAGCUGUAGCGACGCCGGGAGCAGAGGCGGCGGCGGCACGACGCGCAGCAGCUGCAGCAGCUCAAGCACCUGGGUCCUUUUAUGAAAAACCUCCUCCUGGACUUAUCAAGGAAGAUGAGACUAAGCCAGGAGACUGUAUACCAGAUGUCCCAGGCAAUGAACAUGCCAGGGAAUUUCUGGCCCACGCACCAACCAAAAGACUUUGGAUGCCACUGGGGAAAGAAGUCAAAGUCAUGCAGUCCGCUGACAGGAAGAGGAGGAAGGAAGAGGAGCCUACCGAGGAGAAGCCGAGAGGAAGGAGGCCAACCUGGACGGAGGACAGACCUGAGAGGAGGAAGACUCACACAGGAGAGGUGAACAAGCGUGCUUAA